UGAGGGGGUUAGCUUGGUUUAAGGCUUCCAAAUAUCUUCCUAGCUUAUUAUAGUGAUCUUUCAUGCUACCAUGGAGCUUCCUAUGUGCAUGUUUUCCCGAGAAUUGAAAAACUGGAAAAAGGAAAACAGAAAACGUGUUUACCGAAGAAAAUUGCUGGAGAACUGGAGAAAGGAAAAAGAAAAUUGUGUUUACCAAAUCGUUUUCCAAAAAGAAAAAAAUGAGAUAUGUCUCUCUUUUCCAAGGCCGGCCCAAGGCAGGUGCACCCAGCCCAACCGCACAAGGCCCUUUAUUUUGGAAGGCCCAAUUUUUUUUUAUUAGUAGUAUUACUCAGCCCAAGAUCCGAUCAUCUGAAGCUUUGAACUGCGAAGGUAAUAGGAACGAUUGAAAGGAACGAACGGAACCCCAAAGUCGCUAAGUCCAAUCCGCAAGUCGCCAAGUCCAAUCGCCUAGCUUGGAACGAACUGCGAAGGUCGAAGGACACAUGGGACAAGAGGUUCGCCGCCAGCCAGGAGCCCAGGUUCAAGUCUCCACUUCUCUAGCCUGCCACCACGCAACGACGGCCGCCUCCAGCUCCAGGAGACCAGGACCAUGACCGCACCAUUGCCCUAGUCCGAAUGCCUCUAUUAUCUUCCAUGGCGACAACCUACCCUCUCCAACCUCAACUCACAACCUUUCUCACCUCCUUCGGGAAGCACAUCAAUUUAUCACACUUCAAUGGAGCCGCUCUUUCGCAAUCUCGAAUUCUUCGCGGCUCAUUGCGGACGCGCACAAGAAGACUGUUUCUUCCUUCAGUCUCCGGCCUCUGGGAUGCAUUAACAGGCGGUAACUCUUCACGCGAAGCGGUGGCAGCUACUCGCCGCGGAAUGUUUCUUUUCAGACAGGGAGAUGUGAUGGGGUCUUUGGUGGAAUUUGACAGGGCAAUUGAGCUUGAUCCUUUCCAGAAAGAAUUGUUAGUGUAUACAUAUCUCAUUGGCAUACGUGAUCCUCCUUCAGAUUAUUGAAGGGCCGCAAUUUUUAGUAAUGGAGAUUUUUUUGGGUAACCAGAUCUUUGGCAAAGGGGGCUCUCGCUCUAUUAUCUGGAUAGGUUUGAAGAAGGUGCCGAGCAAUUCCGGCUCGAUGUUUCCAAGAACCCUAAUGACACAGAGGAGUCAAUAUGGUGCUUUCUCUGUGAAGCGCAGUUGUACGGCAUUGGUGAAGCCAGAAGAAGGUUUCUUGUGGUUGGUACAGAUCCAAGACCUGUCAUGAGAAAAGCUUAUGAAAUGUUUAAGAAUGGUGGUGAUCCAGAAAAGCUUGUUGCAGCAUUUUCAAAUGGACAGCCAAAUGAGUACUUUUACUCUUCUCUCUAUGCUGGACUUUUUUAUGAGUCACAGUUGGACUCUGAAAGAUCAAAAGGUCAUAUAAUUGCUUCAUGUCAAUCUCUUUAUGGCUCAAGGUCGGACGAUUACAUGGUUUCUCUUGCCAAAGUUCACUGUCAAUGUCGGAACUGGAACUUUAAAUAGACCUGAGAUAUAUGUUCAGCAAAUGGCUUUGCCUCAUUCUAAGACUUAUUAGUGGGUGUAGGGAGAUAUAAUGACUCUUAAUUAAAACUUGUAAAAGGUAUGCUCCCAUGUCCCAAAAUAAGCUCCGAUCUUUCUUUUUUGUGAAUAAAAACUUCUCUUUUCUUGCAUCA